AUGCGAUUUAGUCUAAGCUCACUGGGCUUAGGCCCCCUCUAUGCAUCGAUGCUCUCUCUCUACUCGGGCCAGGAAUCGAGUUCUGUAACGCAUCACCCUGUCCUCCCACCGUCCUACCCGCUAGCAGUCCGCAACCCGUAUCUAUCGGCAUGGAUGCCCAGCGACCGAGUACAGCAGUUGCCCUAUGCUGAACCUCAGUUCUGGGCUGGCCAAGAGCUCGGCUGGUCUGUAAUUGUCCGUGUGAAUGGCCAGGCAUAUAGUCUGAUGGGCGUUCCAGACAUGGACGUAAGCAAUAUCCGCCCUGCGACGGUGCAUCGCGCUGAAUUUACCGCUACGCAUUCGAUAUUUGAUCUCACGGCUGGACCCGUGGCAUUCAAGCUGGAUUUCUUGUCGCCUGUGUCACCGUCAAACUAUGUUCGGCAGUCGCUUCCUUUUAGUUAUUUAACAGUACAGGUAGCUGAAUCGCGCGGCUAUGAGAUCCAAAUUUAUUCGGAUAUCGAUGCCAGGUGGACUGGGCGAGAAAGCCACUCACAGCGCGACUUCGAAGAGCAAGACGGCCUAGCCAUUUACUCGCUCACGGUCGAAGACGCACCGCUGUAUGCCGAGGCAGACGACAUGGCUCUUUGGGGCUCAGCAAUUCUCGCCUCUCGAUCAUCUAGCUUGAGUCAGUUAACCGCUCUCUCGGGAAGUCCCGAGGAUGUACGAAGGCUAUUUGGUGAGGAUGGUGAACUAUCUGGUGUGGACGAUACCUGGGCUGAGGGAAGUGUUGUCGCACUGGCUCACAAUCUUGGUAACGUCACUGGUGGGCAUUCUGUGAACUUCGUGGUCGGGUACGAAAGAGAAGCCGCCAUCAACUAUCUUGGAGAAGCAUACACUGGUUUCUAUCGUGCAGAGUACCCCACCACAUCGAGCGCCCUCUCAUUCUUCUUGGAUGACUAUAGCAACGCAUUGCUAGAGUCAUUGAAACUGGAUCGGGAGCUGGUCGCCUUAUCUUCUGCCGCUGCGGGUCCCAAGUAUGCAGAUAUCCUAGCUCUUUCGACCCGGCAAGCAUACGGAGGCAUCGACUUGGUAAUUCCCAAUGACUCUCUCGACACCGGUGAGGUGUUGGCUUUCAUCAAGGAGCUUUCUAGUAAUGGAAAUACCAACACAAUCGACGUUAUCAUGCCCGCCUUCCCGAUUUACUACGUCAUGGAUCCGGACUACAUCCGACUAUUGCUGGAGCCCAUUAUGAAGUACCUUGCUGCUGGUCGCUGGCAUUUGCCAUACACGAUUCAUGACCUUGGCACUCAUUAUCCCCAUGCUAUUGGUCAUGAUGACCAGAAAGCAGAGCCGAUGCCAAUCGAGGAAUGCGGAAAUCUGCUUAUUUUAGCUGCUGCGUAUGUUCGAGCCACUGGCGAUACCGACUGGACUGCGCAUUACAUGGAGGUUUUCCAGAAGUAUGCAAAUUACUUGCUGGAAAAUAGUAUUAAUAUUGCCAAUCAGUUGUCGUCAAAUGACGCAGCUGGACCUCUCGCGAACGAGACAAAUCUGGCAAUUAAGGCUGCAGUUGGCCUCAAGGCGUUUGGGGAGAUGAGUGGAGAUGGGGUUUACUCCCGUGCUGGUGAUCAGCAUGCCAAUAUCUUCUUCCAGCAAGGCUUAGGAACAGACAAAGACCAGACACAUUUUGUUUUGGAAUAUCCUGACUGGCCAGGUACUUGGAAGACCCCAUAUAAUCUCUUCCCUGAUGUAUUGCUGGGCCUGAAUACAUUUCCCGGCGCUGCCUAUCAAAUGGGAAGUAACUUUUUCAUAUCUGUUCGCGGUGAAUAUGGUGUCCCUCUCGAUAAUCGCCAAGACUGGGCCAAAUCGGAUUGGAAUAUGUGGCUGGCUGGUACCUUUGAAACGAGCGCCAGGGACGAGUUCGUCGAUGACUUAUGGUCGUUCAUGACCAAUGGAAAACACAAUUGGCCUUUCUCUGAUCGGUAUGUUGCAACCUCUGCGCACGGAAAUGAGCCAGGAGUUCCUAUUUUGUGUAGGGCCCGUCCGACUGUUGGGGGACAUUUUGCGUUGUUAGCACUGAAAGGCCCUCGAUCCAUUCAAUCUUUAUCAUGUCGACGUGGAGCAGUGUUGGAGCCAGUGGGAGAGAUGGUAGAUAGGCAGCAAUACCUGUUUGGGAAUCAUAUCGAAGAACUUUGA